CAGCUCCUCUGGCUCUCCUCCUCUGCCUGCUGAGGGCCCCCUCCCAGCCUGGCUGUCAGUCACAGGAGAAAGGGGUUGGGAUUUUGUUUGUGCCUCUGUCUGAGCAGAGAAUGGCUGAUGAGGCCACUGAGCCUUGCCCUGGAGAGCCCCUCUGUCCCUGCUACCCCCAUCUCCCCUGGCCCAGACUUCUGCCCUUCAUGCCCAUCCCUGACCAGCAGCCCCACUCAGCCUGGGCUCUGGGUGCCAGCUGGUUACAGACAUGCCACCUGAACCCAGGCCAGGAGCUGGUGGAUGCGCGGGGCUAUUUUAAGCACAGCUUCUUGGCCUGCACACUCCCCUGGCCCCCAGCCCCCAGCAGCUCAGCUACUGGUCACCUGCCACCGCCUGGAAUGCUGAUCGGCAGUUGGCUGGGGUGGGGGCUGGGAAGACACUAUUAUAAAGCUGGGAGUGUUGGGAAGCAGCCGUCCCCGUCCAGAGUCCUCUGUGGUCCCUGCUGCCACCAUGGCCACUCACCGCCUUGUGAUGGUCCGGCACGGCGAGAGCACAUGGAACCAGGAGAACCGUUUCUGUGGCUGGUUUGAUGCAGAGCUGAGUGAAAAGGGGACCGAGGAGGCCAAGCGGGGAGCCACGGCCAUCAAGGACGCCAAGAUGGAGUUUGACAUCUGCUACACGUCGGUGCUGAAGCGGGCCAUCCGCACCCUCUGGGCCAUCCUGGACGGCACGGACCAGAUGUGGCUGCCUGUGGUGCGCACUUGGCGCCUCAAUGAGCGGCAUUACGGGGGCCUCACAGGCCUCAACAAGGCAGAAACGGCCGCCAAGCACGGGGAGGAACAGGUGAAGAUCUGGAGGCGCUCCUUUGACAUCCCGCCACCCCCGAUGGACGAGAAGCACCCCUACUACAACUCCAUUAGCAAGGAGCGUCGGUACGCAGGCCUGAAGCCCGGGGAACUGCCCACCUGCGAGAGCCUCAAGGACACCAUUGCCCGGGCCCUGCCCUUCUGGAACGAGGAGAUUGUUCCCCAGAUAAAGGCCGGCAAGCGAGUGCUCAUUGCAGCCCACGGGAACAGCCUGCGGGGCAUUGUCAAGCACCUGGAAGGGAUGUCAGACCAGGCGAUCAUGGAGCUGAACCUGCCCACGGGGAUCCCCAUUGUGUAUGAGCUGAACAAGGAGCUGAAGCCCACCAAGCCCAUGCAGUUCCUGGGUGAUGAGGAAACGGUGCGGAAGGCCAUGGAGGCUGUGGCUGCCCAGGGCAAAGCCAAGUGAGGGGUGGGCUUGGGCAAUAAAGGCACCUUCCCCCACA